UCCUUUGCCUUACGUCACGUUAUCAAAGGUACGAGGAACUUGCCACGUUAUAGGCUAGCACGUAUCUAUGGACGUUGGCGAGGGGAGGGUACCGCGAGCUUGCUCUCUGUCUGCAGUCUUGCACCACAGCGGUGCUCAUCUACAGCAUGCUCUUCGAGACUCACACAGCGGAAACCGGCUUUUGAGCAGGGCCUGAGGAUAAAGCUAAACCCAAGCGGAUAACCGAGAGAACCAUUCUAAAUGUGCUUGCUGCUUCUAGGGGCAAGUGCAGGAAUAGGCUCCGGAGUUUAGGAACAAAGCUUUUGUGUUGAAGAAGAUGCUGACAGACAUGAUUGUGGAGGAGGAAUUCGAAAUUAAAGAGGAGGAACCUUGGUUCGACCACCAAGAUCUCGAGCAUGAUCUUCAUUUGGCGGCUGAGUUGGGGAAAACUCUCCUGGAUCGCAAUCGGGAGCUGGAGGAGGGCCUCAAGCAGAUGUAUGGCACCAACCAGGAGCAGCUGCAAGAGAUUGAGUAUCUCUCCAAGCAGGUGGACCUCCUUCGGUCUGUGAAUGACCAGCAUGCCAAGGUGUAUGAGCAGCUGGACAACAUGGCGCGAGACCUGGAGCAGAGCAACCACAGGCUGGUGAUGGACAAUCGAGCCUCCCAGCACAAGAUCCAAGGUCUCACAGAUACCAUUGAGGGGCUGCAGACGCAGGUGGACGAGCUCCAGAAGCAGGUGGUGGGCCUGAGCGCGUCCACUGCAGAGAUGGCCGAGCUGCAGCGACCAGGCAGCUCCAGGAGUCUGGGAUCAGGGAAAGGACGCGGAAGUGGCAGCCAGCAUUCCCACAGUUUCUCUGACGAUGAUGAUGAAGAUCUCUGCCGGGCUGAAGAUGACCCCGAAGACGAGGCGGAGUACGAGGCGCUAGUGAGCUCCGUGCAGGCGCUGCAGGCCCAGCUGGCAUCGGAGCGCCUGCGGCGCGAGGUGGCCGAGCGCGAGGUGGACGCCCUGGCCCGGGAGUGCGGCGAGCUGGACGCGAGGCUGUCGCAGCUGGAGGGCUGCCGGGCGCGCCUGGCCGAGGCCGAGACCGAGGUGGCCGAGCUGCGAGAGCUGUGGCGCGCCGACGGGGCCCGCAACGCGGCCGCCAGCCGCUUCCUGCCCGACGCCCUCCUCCUGCUGCCAUCGGCGUCGGCGUCGUCUGAGAGGGGCGUCGGGUGCUGGCACGGAGGCCGGGGCAGCCUGAAGCGCUGCAGCAGCGAGAGGCAGCUGAGGGUGUCCGAGGAGGACGACCACGGCGGGGAUGACGACGACGGCGGCGAGCGGGAAGGGCUGGACGGGGUCGGGGUCAGCGUCGGCUGCUGCAGGCACGAGCGGGCCUGCCUGGGCCGCUCGGAGGUGGUGAAGCAGCGCGGCAUCUCGCUGCUCAACGAGGUGGACGCCCAGUACAGCGCCCUGCAGGUGAAGUACGACGCGCUGCUGCGGAGGUGCGAGGGGGGCCCGCAGGUCCAGAGCAACAAGGCCGUCCAGACUCCGGCCAGCACCGCUGCCUCCUCCACCACCACAACCACGGCCGCCACGACCAUGGACCUGGACACCUCUGCCGUGGCUAGCACCCACUCUGUCGCCGUGGGGGUCGAGGAGGACGCCCAGUUGCCCGAAUACAAGGUGCUCUUCCACGAGAUCUUCAAGUGCAUCCAGAGGUCCAAGGCCGACAUAAUGCAGAACAGGGACAAACCUCGGCACGUCGAGUGAGGCGGCGGGCGCGAAGAACGUUUGCUGUGUCUUAUCAGACUGAGUACUUGGCUGAAGUCCUAAGGGAAUUGAGUUGAACAGAUACAGUGGGAGCGGCAAUGACUGCCAUUGUCAGCCACAAAGAAAAAAGAAAAGAAAGAAGAAUGCUCCUCUGCACUUUUAACACCAGUGCCUAUUUAUGGACCUAAUCAACUCAGUAAUCCUGCCUUCUCCAAAGUGUUUGGAACAAACAAACCUCCGCUGUACUCUCUUUGUAAAAUUGCACUUUUUAAAACUAGAUAGAGCUCAGUAGAAUACAGGGUCUCUGAUCCGUGGAGUCAUGUACGAGCUAGCACGUUUAAACUUGAAUUUGGUCUUUCACUGUCGGGGAUGCCGUCUGGCACUGAACGGGCUUGUUCUUGGACUCAUGUUCUGCAACAUGUGAGUGGUUUGGCUCAGUCAGUUAGGGAUGAUUUCUAUAUAACUUAAGGAUUUGAAUCUGUACAGCAUGGUUCUUUUGGUUCGGAAUUGUUUUUUGGCUUUAGGGAUGAUCGUGGAAGUCCUGCUGCGUGGGAACGUUUAGCUUGUGUUUAUUGGGACCUUUGAAAUGCUUGUAUUUCGCAACUUGAAUAUUAUGGUGCUCAGCAAGUUAUAAUCAACGUAAGCUGGAUCUGAUAUCUAUCUCCAGAUGCGUUUGAUCAAAGUCUAGUUUUGGGUUGUGCCAGACACACCCUUAUUCUUACGCUGCAGAUCACUUUGGGAUCACUGAGGUGAAGAAUAUAGCCGUAGCCAUCAACUCCGCAAAAAUGAGCUGGAUCUUGACACUGGAUCUUGACACAUUCAGGAGAUUUAUACAUUAUUUAUGUCAAAACACCGUCAUAUACCACAAGUUUGUCAAUGUUCUAUAUCAGUUCUACUUGUAAUUAAUGUGAUGUAGCUUUACACUGGUUUUCACUGCACUUUAGGCUACUGCAGGUUUUAUUUUUGUUUUGUUUGUAUGCAUUUUCUUUGUAUAAAUGUUCCCAUGUUGUUUAAUUUCUCCUUUAAAAUGUGAAUGUCAAAUAUUAUAAUGCUUAAUGCACAUGAUAAUCUGCUCUUUCUAUAUGACUUGAAAUAGGCAACUAUUCACAUUAUGACAUUGUAUGACACACUGUUAUCUGUCUAAAUGUCUGUUGAAUAUUAGGGAAAAAAAUACUUGUUUCACUGGCGUUUUGGUUUGUUUUUCUUGCAAAACAGUCAUCCACCACAACCUUUUGAACCCUUGAAGAUAAAACAGCAGCUGAUAAGCAA